AUGCGUCCCGUCAUCAUCGCUUCGGCUUUUGCAGCUUUGGCCUUUGCCAAUCCACUUCCUCAAGACAUGGAUUUGGGUGCCAUUGAUGCUCUCCCACAAGCUGAAGUCUCUUCUGCUCCAGUCGACGUCUCUUCCCAAGUUGUCGCAGUUAAACCAGUUUCUGAUGCCGUCCUUGAAGGAGCUGCGGCAGUGAAUGAUGUUGCUGCUCCAGACGGAGUCGCCAGAAAGCGCGAUCUUGUCAAACGCGAUUGCGAGCAACAACCUCUCGGCUAUGGUCCAAAUUCUAAACCAGACACCGCCGAUGCUUUCUUAGCCGACCCUCAAUACAACAAGAUUGCCUCCAAAGCUCCUACUCCACAAGGUUACACCCUUGCUUUCUCUGAGCUCAAAGGUUCUACCCAUACCACCUCGUAUCUUGAUGGCUGCAUUGCCUUCAACAUCUAUAUUGAACGUGAUCCCACUGUCGAUCCUGGCUACAAGUGCUCCAACCCACCAUCCACCAUCAACUACAAGUGUGCAAAGUGGGGUGUUCAAAUCAAGAAGGAGACUGCUACCAAUACUGUCCAAUACAGAAAGGACUUCCGCGUCGUCAUUUCCGGAUCCAAUGGAUACAAUAAAAGAUAUUCCCCAGAACCUUGUGAUAAAUACAAUGGCCCAGUUUCUCUCGAAGGAGCCAUGCAGGCACCUCUCGAUCCAGUCACCAAGACUGAUACCUACAUGGGCUACAAAUUCUUCUCCUUUGACGAUGUCAAAACCUACGAGUACGGAGUCGUCGCCUGCACAUCCGCCUGCACAGCGCAAUCCAAAUACAACCUUGAGCAUCCUCCAUCCUCUGGCCACCCCGCCAUCUGCAACCAAGUCGUGGUCUACGUAUUGAGUCAAAGCAACAAGCCUCAAGGAAUCUACUGCUCCAUGUAUACCGAAGUCUGGGCUCCCAACCACGCAACCAACUAUGGCCAAUGGAGAGGAUCCGAGUACUGGUCUGUUAGCCAGGCGUACUCCUAUAGCAGAGCAGACUAUGAUUCCAAGUACCCCAAGGCCAUCUGUGAUGUUGGAGGAUGUCCAGCGGAUUCCUACAAGGGCGGUAACUGGGGCGGAUGGGGAUCCGAGAAGAAAUGUAAGUCCAAGAGAUCGAAGACUGUGACUUUGUGA